CGCGCCGCUCGGCUCCCCGAUGGUGGAUAAGCCACACCGGGGACGAGCUCACAGCGCAGACCGCAUCGCUGCGCCUCAGACGUCGCCGUUUUCGGCUCCGCGUUCGCUCGCCACGACCGGGGAGAAAAUGUUCACGACGGCGUUGCACCCGAGCGCGGAGCCCGGGCCGACCGCCGUGCACGGCGGCACCUGGUGGCUCGCCCGGCACGGCGCGGCGCCCGCCCCGCCGGCCGCGGAGGAGAAGCCCAGGAAGAACGCGUUCAGCCUGGCUAAGAUCGUGUCCCUGGGCGGCGGCAAGAAGGGCCAGCGCGGCGUCCACGCGCACCGCAACAACAACAACAACACGCCCUUCGCCAUCCACUGCCAGAUCGGCAAGGAAAUCAAGCACAUUUGCGGCAACUGCAGCCGCGGAAACGACACGCAGGACGCCGAGGAGGUCGAGAGGCUGGCCGUGAUGCGAUCCGAGUCCCUGGUCUCCGGCCCCCACGCCCCCCCCAUCCGAUGCCACAGCAGGCUCGCCACGCUGGGACGUCUCCUCAAGCCCUGGAAAUGGAGGAAGAAGAAGAGCGACAAGUUCAAGCAGACUUCGGCCGCCCUGGAGAGGAAGAUGUCGGUGCGACAGAGUCGAGAUGAACUGAUCAAGAGGGGAGUGCUGAAGGAGAUCUUUGAAAAAGCCACUGGCGAGUUUCGAUCGUCGAUGGACGGCGGCGCGUGCACUCAGGAGCCCCCCGCCAAGUCGUCCAUGCUCCUCGCCCCAAAGAAGUCCGUCACGUACGCGGGCGACCGUCAGGACAACGCCGCCAAGCCGCCGCUGUACCACAAGCAGCCGCCCGCGCUCCCUCCCAAGCCUUUUUCCCGCAUCCCGAACCAUAGCACAGAUUCUUGCCAGCCACUGAAGUUGCCCUGCAUGCCCGGGGCAAAGCACUCGCCGCCCCUCCCGCCCAAGAAAGUCAUGAUUUGCGUGCCUCCGGGGGGACUGGACUGCGCCGCGUCCCCGUCGCCGCCCCCGAACCCUCUCGGCGCCGCGUCCCAAAAGUGCGGGCCGGCCCAAGUGAUGCCGGGUCACCACCCCGCCCUGCUGCCCUCGCAGCUCGCCGCUCUUUCCGCUCUCCACCAGAACCACGGCCACCCCCUGCAGCUGCAGUACGGCGGCUUGCACGCGCCCAGCCGCAUCAUCGAGGAGCUCAACAAAACCCUGGCGCUGUCCAUGCAGAGGUUCGAGAGCUCUUUGUUGCACGUCGGCAGCCAGUGCGCUCCUCUGGACAGGAGAGAAGUGCCGUCGGUCAUCAUCGACUACGAGGACGACAAGGAGAACAUGCCCAGCGAGUCCGACUACGAGGACAUGCCCAGCAUGUACAAGGACGAGGAUGACGUGGACGACGACGACGACGACGAGGAAGAUGACGACUCCAUAUUUACCAGCACGCUGGCUCAGAAGGUGCUGCGCAAAGACUCGCUGGCCAUCAAGCUGAGCAACCGUCCGUCCAAAAGGGAGCUGGAGGAGAAAAAUAUCCUGCCGGUGCAGACGGACGAGGAGAGGCUGGAGUCCAGGCAGCAGAUCGGCACCAAACUCACGAGGCGCUUGAGUCAGAGGCCGACAGCAGAGGAGCUGGAGCAGAGGAACAUCCUCAAACCUCGCAACGAGCAAGAGGAAAUCGAAGAGAAGCGGGAGAUAAAGCGACGGCUGACUCGAAAGCUGAGCCAGAGGCCCACCGUGGAGGAGCUGAGACAGGCCAAAAUCCUCAUCCGGUUCAGUGACUACGUGGAAGUCUCGGACGCUCAGGACUACGACCGGCGGGCGGAUAAACCCUGGACCCGCCUCACUGCAGCUGACAAGGCCACGAUCCGAAAGGAGCUCAACGACUUCAAGAGCAACGAGAUGGAAGUGCACGAAUCCAGUCGUCAUUUAACAAGGUUCCACCGACCAUAACGGGCCGUGGCCGUGUCGAGCAGCGCCGCCCGGGCGAAAAGAACCUCAAGUGCUGGAAAGUCAAACGGUGCCCGUUUUUGUCAAUAAGGCCACGUCUUCUCAAAUGCCUUUUUUGGGUUUGUUUGCUUUUUUUUUUCCUGAGACCCCAGACAACUGAGUCGGUACUGCGACCACCCCCACCCACCCGCUGUAGUAGCACAUCGGUUCCGUCUAAAUCCCCCUCUCCGCCCUCCAUCUUGUGCAAUUGGCCCAUUUGAACGUCGCUCGCUCGUCCGUCUGCCGUCUUCCGCCUUCAGUGCGGCAGAACUUUUAGGCGCCGACGGACUCGACUGGUCACGCUGAUUCUCUUUUCUUUUUUUUUUUUUUGAUGGCGGCUGUUCUCACAGAGAAACUCAGACGCCGGAGGGGGGAUGGAUUCAUCCGUCCGUCCGUCCGUCCAUCUUUUCCCGCAUUGGCGGGGAGGGCGGUCAUGUGACAAUGCGCAAUGUUUGAUCUGGUGCCAAUGCUUCGAGGGCCCUCUAGAGUUCGAGCUCCGGUUGUGUUCUUCCCGCGUGCCGUACCGUACCGACAAUGUUGUCGUCCGAGUCGCUUACUGUGAAAGCUGAGGGGUUUUGCUCUCUCCAAAAUGUACAUUUUUGUUUAUAUUGAACAAAUCCGAUCCAGUUUCCUUCUCGUCAGAAUUGUGUACAUUUUAUGUAAAGAAAAGAAAAAGAAAAAAAACUUGCGUCGGACAGAUGUGCAUAUGUUUUAUAUUCAUUUCAAUUUUUGGGGUCCGCGCUCUUCGGAUGGAAGUAUUUUGGAAUGACUACCAGGAGCGAGACUCAUUUUUCAUUUUCUAUUAUUUAUCCCUCAUAACCUGCAUUUUAUGAUACACAUUGCUUUCUUUUUACAAGCAAUAGCCUUUGCUCAUCUAGGGGGUUGAACAACAUGCCACCCUGUCAUUUUUUUCCCCCUCUUACAGUACUUCUACAGAAAUGUGUGGUUUUUUUUUUUUUUUUAAUGUUUUCACGUCAGGAUUACUUUUACCUGCUGUUAUUUCCACUGAGCCAAUUAGACAUCUGCCUCAAUAUUAAUGGAACACGGCGACCAUUCCGGACGAUAAGUGGAUUUUCGUGGACUGAUUUGAAACUUUUUUUUCAGUCAUCUUCAUGACCCAAGUUAUUUGCACUGUCGCUCAUGAGCUUUACAGACACUUAAUGUUUUGGUCAUUUUUUUCAUUUUUUACUGUAUUACAUUGAAUUAAGAUGUGAAGUGUAUGUCAGGUGUGGGGGAAAAUAUAGUUUUUCUUCUCCCUUGGAGAAGGACUUCAA